AACACGAUCACUCCAGCGAGACGCCAGGAAAGACCGGGAGAGAGGAGAGAUGGGUUCUCUGGGAUCAGCCGAGAAGCCGCACGCCGUGUGCAUACCGUACCCGGCGCAGGGGCACAUCACGCCGAUGCUCAACGUGGCGAAGCUGCUCCACGCCCGCGGCUUCGACGUCACGUUCGUGAACACGGAGUACAACCACGCCCGCCUCGUCCGGACGCGCGGCGAGGCCGCGGUGGCCGGCAUCCCGGGCUUCCGCUUCGCCACCAUCCCCGACGGCCUGCCGCCGUCGGACGACGACGACGUCACGCAGGACAUCCCCUCGCUGUGCCGCUCCACCAAGGAGACCUGCCUCGGUCCUUUCCGCCGCCUCCUCGCCCAGCUCAACGACCCCGCCACGGGCCACCCGCCCGUCACCUGCGUCGUCUCCGACGUCGUCAUGGGGUUCUCCAUGGACGCCGCCAAGGAGCUCGGCCUCCCUUACGUCCAGCUCUGGACAGCCAGCUCCAUCAGUUAUCUUGCAUACCGCCACUACCGCCUCCUUAUGGAACGAGGCCUUGCCCCACUCAAAGAUGCCAAGCAGCUGACGAACGGAUACCUCGACACGCCGGUGGAAAACGUGCCGGGGCUGAGGAACAUGAGGAUCAGGGACUUCCCGAGCUUCAUACUCACCACAAACCCGGAGGAGUACAUGGUAGGCUACGUCAUCGAAGAGACGGAGCGCUGCAAGGGUGCAUCGGCCGUCAUCGUCAACACCUUCGGCGACCUCGAGGGCGAGGCGGUUGCGGCCAUGGAGGUGCUCGGGUUGCCAAAGGUGUACACGCUCGGGCCGCUGCAGCUGGUGGCGCGCGAGGACCCGCCCACGGCGCGCUCGUCCAUCAGGCUUAGCCUGUGGAAGGAGCAGGAGGAGUGCCUGCAGUGGCUCGACGGCAAGGCGGCCGGCUCCGUCGUGUACGUCAACUUCGGCAGCAUCACCGUCAUGACCAACGAGCAGCUGGUGGAGUUCGCGUGGGGGCUGGCGAACAGCUGCAGGCAGUUCCUGUGGAUCAUCCGGCGCGACCUCGUCAAGGGCGACACGGCCGUGCUGCCGCCGGAGUUCCUGGCUGAGACGGCGGGGCGCGGACUGAUGGCGUCCUGGUGCCCGCAGCAGGAGGUGCUGAACCACCCAGGCGUGGGCGCGUUCCUGACGCACAGUGGCUGGAACUCGACGCUGGAGAGCUUGGCCGGCGGCGUGCCCGUCAUCAUCUGGCCCUUCUUCGCCGACCAGCAGAUCAACUGCCGGUACCAGUGCAACGAGUGGGGCGUCGGCAUGGAGAUAGACAGCAACGUCAGGCGCGACGCCGUCGCGGGCCUCAUCGGUGAGCUCAUGGACGGGGAGAAGGGGAAGGAGAUGCGGAGGAAGGCAGAGGAGUGGAGGGAGAAGGCGGUCAGGGCGGCUAAGCCCGGCGGCUCGUCUCACCGCAACUUCGACGAGCUCGUCCGCCAUGUGCUCCUUGCCAAAGAUCAGUAGCUCGUAUAAUUUCCUGUGUGCAUCUAUCGUUGUCAUAUUGUUAUUUCGUCCAAUAGUCUUUGCAAUUGCGAGAGUGAUAAGCCAUAAGUGAUCGGUGUUGUAUCGCGUAUUUGUGGCUACUGCCACUCUGCCAGCUGGCUAAAAGGAUGGUGCAGAAUAAAUUUGUUGCAACUACACGAUCGAGUCUAUGGAAUUCCUGAGUCAAUAGGAGUAGAUUUAUCAACUGGAGGGACCAGAUGAGGGCCAAGAAUCUUCAGACCAGGGAAAUGACUUUAUUUCGGGUUUUGUUAAAAAAUCGAUUUACAUUUUUUGUUGACCAUGUUUGUUCGUAUAAAGAUGCAAAGGGGUGCUACUGCUAAACCAAAUAACAAAUGGAAUCUGGAACACUAGGCAUGUUUGGCGUCCAGGAAGCUAGAUAUUAUAGUGAAAGCAAUGCCAAUGCUAGUGGACAACCAUGAAGGCGAAAAAGGAAAGAUGUGCAAAUGUCAUUUGUAGUUGCCAUGUCUGAUCAUUUACAUGUGUCAAGCUGGAUGUAAUAAACAUGGAGUUGUUUUUUUCCCUUUAUAUGUAAUGCUGGAUGUAAAAUGUAACUUCUUAACCCAUUUGUAUUAAUGUAAAUGACAGCAAGUUCGCAUGUGCUCC